GCCUCGCUCCGCCCGGGUGGUUGCGAGCAGCACGGGCUCCAUCACACUGGCUUGGGACAUCCCGGAAAGCACCGGAUGCACAGAGUUGGAGUAUUAUCGCAUUGAACGUGAUUCAGGGCAAGGCUUCGAAGCCAUUGCGAAUGUGACGACGCCCAUCCAAACGUUCACGGACAGCGGCUCUUUGAGUCCUGGACAAAUGUACAUCUACCGCAUCACCGCGCGGAACGAUGCUUUGGAGUACUUCGGUCCCCACAGCGCGCACGUCACUGCCUUCGCGGCCUCUCUGCCCGGCAUGACGCGGAAUUUGGGAUAUGUGGCGUCCACGAGGACUUCUAUCACACUCAUGUGGCAACCUCCGGCAGACUCUGGCGGGGCCUUGGUGGAUUUUUAUCGAGUCCAAGCAGAUGAUGGCCUUGGUGGUGCCUUUCAAGAUGUUGCGGUGGUUGCUGGCACUUACACCACAGUGGAGUAUUUGACCAAGGGGCGACCCUAUCGAUUUCGGGUGGCUGCAGAGACGGUGGUCGGCACUGGACCUUACACGUCCGUCUUCCAGCAGGUGGUAGCAGCAGUACCUGGGAAUCCCCAAACACCUUUGGUGGAGACCGUUCCUGGAUACAUGGACCGCGUCCAAGUGACCUGGAACGAGCCCUCGGACAAUGGAGGAUCACUGACGCUGGGUUACAAGGUGACCUUUGAUGGCCAGUGCGAUCGAUAUGAUGGCACCAGUGUCUCCGCUCUGACAUCGGUCCAAAUUAUUUGCUCUACUGGCCGGCAUCACCUCAUCACUGUAUCUGCGAGAAACAUUGUGGGUUGGGGUGGCCCGAGCCCAUCGGUCUCUCGAGUCUGUGGCGCCGAGCCCUCCGCACCAGUGGAUUUGCGGCUGAAGAUGAGCUCCCCAUCAACGCCUUUGGAUAUGGUGGAUCAGCGAACCCCUAGCUCAAUGACAUUGACAUGGGAUGAACCGACGCUGAAUGGUGGAGCAGAGGUGAAGUCCUACCAGCUUUACCGUGAUGCAGGUGAUGCAUCGGGCAUCUACACUUUGACUUAUGUGGGAACCUCCCGCAGCGCCAGCAUCAGCUCCUUGACCAACGGCCGCACCUACCGCUUCUACGCCGUGGCCGUGAACGACGUGGGCGCCGGCGAGCGCACGGCCGUCUUCGCGGCCGAGAUGCGCUGCACGCCGCGCACGUUGGUGGCGGCGCCCUACAAGGUCUCCGGUAGCCCAUGGUCCAUCUCACUGGCAUGGCCUGAGACUGCGGACAACUGCGGGCGUGCAGUGUCUGGCUAUCGUGUGUACCGGGACAGCUAUUUGAUCUAUCCCCUCUCCAACUCCUUCACAACUAUGCCUAUGCUGGUGGGGAUGAUCAGCACUGACCAAGUGACUCUGCGACUCACGGCGGAGAAUUCCGGAUCUGCAUGG